AUGGCAGCAUCAGCAGGGUACUUUGCAAUUGGUUUUCGAAGCAUUCAAGUUAUUCAAGUUAGACUUCGAAAAGCAGAUUAUAAGCCUCCAUUAGACAGAGCAAGUAAGAUUCCUCGUCAAAAUGCUGGCUAUCGUGUUACUGAUGGCAAUAUUGCUGCUGUUGACUUUGGUACUACAUCAGUUUCAAUUGCCUUCAUUACAAAAGGAGAUGAAAAAGUUACCACAUUCACACUUGACCGUGAAGACCAGUCUACUCGAGUUCCUAAUGCAGUUCUUUUGAAAAAAGAAGAUAAUGGCAAAAUGAAGGUAGAGGCUUUUGGAAGCAUAGCUCGAAAAAAAUUUACUUCAAUGAGAUCAAGUGAACAUCACACCCAUGUCUACUUUGAGAGAAUCAAAAUGUUAAUGAGAAGAGAAAAGGCAGUUGAUAGAGAUACAGCAGUUGAGUCAUUUUCUGGUGAGAAGUACUAUCUGGUUGAAGUCAUUGCAUUUAUACUGAAGUACCUGAGGGAUCUACUGAUAGAUCAUUUCUCAUGUACUGUCAAACCAUUGAAGACAACAGAUUUUGAUUGGGUCAUUACUGUACCUGCUAUAUGGGAUGCACGAGGAAAAAGAAUGAUGAGAGAAGCUGCUUAUAUGGCUGGUUUGCUGUCAGGAUAUGGUGGCAUCACCAAGUUCACUCCGGUUUCUUAUCGCUCUUUGCCUCUUCCAGAUGAAGUCAAUCCUGACAGGCUGUCAUUAGCACUAGAGCCUGAAUCAGCUGCCCUUUAUAGCCAGGAAACAGUGGGAGACCAGAUUAAAAGUGAUCCAGAUACAGCAAUUAUCCAGCAUCCAUCAGAUUACAUGGUAAUAGAUGCUGGUGGUGGUACUAUAGAUAUCACAGCUCAUAUUGAAGUUGAUGGUAGUAUUGUAGUUGAGAAUAUACCAACUGGUAAUGCAUGGGGAGGCACACAGAUCAAUGAAGCUUUCGCUAAAAUUCUUGAAGGUAUAGUUAAUGAUCCUGGAUUUGAAAAGUUCUUAGCUUCUGGAGACCGAUCUCAAAAUAUGGCUGAUAUCAUUAAAAUCUUUUACACCGAAUUUGAAA